CAGUAAAUAUGUACACAUAAUCCCGGAGCACUCGUAACAGUAAACAUGUCUGUUUAUAAAUUAACAAUAUUUAUAUUAAUUUUUUACUUCGGUUUCGGAGACUCAAAUAAAAUAGUUAUUAAUAAAUGUUGCCCUUUUGACGAAUAUGUAGGUUUCAAAAAACAUUGCAAUAAUAACAAUUUUUCAAAUUACAAUUUUGAAGAUGUGAUUGUUUACGACAAGGAUAUUAAGGAGACCAAGAAGAAGGUGUUUGAUGUGUUCACGGUGGUGCCGUCGAAGUCACGGAAUUUUAGUAUGACUAGAGCUUUCGACAUGUCUAGUAAAUUCAAUAAUUACUUGCUGGAGGAUGGAACCGUCAUGCAGGAGCUACCGAACUCCUUCAAUAGAUUCAAGCCGAUCGCAAACAACAAGUUCUGUAUCGACAUCGCCUUGCCGAACGGAAGAAAUAUUCACGAACCACAGUUCAGAAUAUGGACCGUCCCGACACCGGCACCGGACGAUGAAUUUGUAUCUAACAGCAUCUUCCUUGUAAGUGGGUUCCUUGUAUCCAGCGUGUUCCUGAUCCUCGUCCUCAUCGUCUACUGCCUGCUGCCGGAGCUUAGAAACUUGUGUGGAAAGAUCCUCAUGGCUUAUGUGGCCUGUCUGCUUGCAACCUUCCUUUCGUUUGCGCUGCUGGACUUCAUUAGUAUGGCUGAUGAGAACACAGAAAUUGUCUGUCUUAUAUUUACAUUCCUGAUUCAUUACUUCUGUUUGGCAUGUUUUUGUUGGAUGAACGUCAUGUCUAUCGACAUCUGGUGGACAUUCAGAGGAUAUGCCAAAGCUCGGCCCAUUCAUCGGCGAGGAGAGACGUUCAAGUUCUUCAUGUACUGCCUAUACGCCUUCGGCAUGCCUCUGGUAUUGACUAUUGGGAUGGGGAUCAUCGACAGAAUGGACUUAAGACAUAUUCCCUGGUUCAUUAAACCAGACAUUAACGGGACAGGAUGCUUUUUAGAUGGUAGCGGCAAAUUCAUGUACCUAUACGUGCCAAUGUUAGUCAUCAUCGUCAUGAAUUGGGUCCUGUUCCUCAUGACCUCGUUCAACAUCUGGCGCCUUAGCCGCGGCACAGCUGUGCUGGACUCGCCUGCCGCUGGAAACCCUUCUGCUCAUAGGACACACCGUCACAGAUUCAUGCUGUACCUGAAGCUCUCUGUGAUAAUGGGCGUCAGCUGGGUGCUAGAGGUCCUGAGCGCCCUGUCUCCAGAAUACCGCGCCUGGUACCUCAGCGACGCCUACAAUCUGCUUAUGGGCUUCUUCAUCUUCCUCAUAUUCGUCUGGAAGAAGAAGAUCAUCAAGAAACUUGAGAAGAGACUGUGUUCCACGCGCACGCAAUGGUCUCCAAUCUUCACCAAGAGCCGUUCCACCAGCGUUUCUUCGGACUCAUCAGACAGCCAGGAUACGACUUCUCAGAUCUGCUCGAGCCCUUCUGGAGCUAAUUAUUAUAAAGCCUGAAACCGGACGCUCCUCUUCUCUGUCGCUCCAAUUAAGCAAGAGCGGAGCCUAGCGAACUUAAUAAUCGUUGAUAUAAAACUCCAAUCAAAACUUCUAAAUUGUAUGCCACGUGACUUUUCGUUCCAUCUGUCAUGCCGAUACAUUUUUUUCCUUUCGUUUGGCGAUUGUCGAUGUUCUACGUAUUGCAAUAUUAGCGAAACUCCAGAUCUUUGCUCAAUUUCGCGGUAAGUAGGUCCCCACCGAGAAAUCGUUUAUUUACUGUGUUUUUUACAUUUCUCAAAAUAGGUUUCGUAAGUAUUCCCUUGAAUAUUGUAAGUAUUGGAAUUUUAAUAUACGUACAUCGUGUUCUUUUUGAAUUUCGUUAACUGUUAUAAAAACUAAUUAAAUGUUGCAUAUAGCGUUGUUGUUGCACGGGAGUUACAUUACACUUACGUUGAGUUGAAAAUGUAUUAACCCAUACUAAACACGAAUCAAUAUGUGAACAGGCCCUAAGGCAAGUGUAUACGCUCUUAAGGGCCUUGUAAGAUAAAAAUAAAAUAUUGAUUAUCUCCGAAAUCGAGUUAAUUAGAAUACCCGUGUCUUUGAGCAAGUUACUUAAUUUAAGCUCAGGAAUGCACCCUUGAAAUUAUUGGAAAUAAAAAAACACGAUGUAUAUCUAUAUUUAGCUUCAGUAUAUAACGCAAGGUGGGAUAAGACAAACAUGGUUUCUUUUGCUCGUGGCUAGACAAACAAUAUGAGGAUUCCAUAGAAGUAUUUGUCUUGCCCCGCUGAUAGUCUUAUCCCACCUUACCUUAUGUAGUUUUCUGAGACGAGAUAACUUUUUAGGAAUAGCUACUGUUGUAUGUAAACAGGGCAUUUGAAUAAGAAAAACAAAUAUAUUAUUGAUUAGCUAUUAAUGAUAGUGCUAAAAUUGAUGAUAGUGUUUUAUACGUGGCAAAAAAUUUAUAAACUUCCAUGCGCCCAGAUUUUUCAUAUAGGUAGGUGGGCACUUUCGCGCACUUGCCAAUGCGCAGCCAGUAAUAUUUUAUAAGAAAUUACGUAAUUAAGAAAAUGUGUUCACAGAAUGUAAGAGUACCUAUUAAAAAUGCAUUUAUUUAGUCAUAAUUAAUUUUAAGUAUUUAGUUUUAAUGCUGCUCUCUACUCUCUAUACAUGAGACUGGUUAUAAAUACCUAAGAGAGACAGAGUUUAAGAGUUUUGUUGUAUCCAACCAAAUGACAAAAGGGCCUAAUGGCAAACAACAUCGUGCUGCGUACCUUACAGCUCACUGGCGCCAGACGGCAUAUCGUUGUUUGUAUUCUUUAUUUUUCUUUGUUCGCUUGUUAGGCUAAAUAAUAGCGGUAGAAAAAAAAUGAUCAACUUUUUUUUCUUAAAACGAAGCCGACCACACAAAAAAAUUAUAGCGAUAUAAGCAAUGUCCCCUUUUUCUCGAUUUGGCACCACAGUGAGGCGACGCAGUUCCACGCAGCGAAGGGCAGAGCAGAUUUUGUAAAGUAUGGAACGUCCUUGCGCCGCACCGCAGCUUGCGUAGCUACGAGUAAAGGACGUCGUUUUGGAUAUUCUGUAUCAUGGUGUAGGUAAUCCGCCGAUCUAUAGUUAUAUUAUCAUUGUUUAUGAUAUGCUUGCAGGUUUGUCUAUAGUACUAGCGAACAUAGUACGCAAAGCAAGGAUACUAAAUGUAAAUUUUGAAAGCAGACUUAUAGGUACACUUACCUUAUUUAUAUAAUUACAUAACAUAGUGUUAGUUAGUACUUAUGCAUAAAUAACAAAAAGCCAAUUCACACUCUUUUUUUUCUUUUAUUUACAAUAACAAUAUACAUAAUGGAUAUUAUAUACAGAGCAUUAUUAUAACUACCUUAAAUCUAAAAUAGGCCCUUGAGGCAUUGUACCAAGGAUGUUGGUGGCAUUUCCUCAAUACUGAUACGUUGUGCGAGGAAGCCGCCAACUCGACGCUCACCAGUUACGUUAACGAGACGUUUCGCGAUUUCUCCAAAAAACUUGUGCGCGCUGGGACCUCAUGGACCAAGAGUUUCAACGCCAAAUGGUACAAAAUGGUGCUCUCUACCGAGGCUCUUAUAUUUAUUACGUUUCAAAAUUUCGGCGCUUUCCGCCGCUGCGCCCGCAUUUACAUUAGUCCGUUGGAGGUGGGACGGUGCCAGUGUGUCUACGCAGGUAGCAUCCCACACUAACAUCCGUCACAAGCUCCAAGGAACUAACGACACCCUACCAGGCCUCUUGCCAUCAUCGCUGAUGUUCACACUUACAUCGUAAUACCUAAUGGUUACAAUGCAUCACAAUAAAAUAAACUUAAUCACUGUAACCAAAUCCACUAUACAUUUACCAGAAUAUGUACUCAUGUACUAAGUAGGUAACUAAGUAUUUAAGAUAUUUUAAAGUAGCACAUAACCAAAGAGCAAAGAUUAAUAUUGCAAGAUUUGUACGUACGUAACGUGCUUAGAUUGAAUUUAUAUAAGAAUAAUAAUAUUUUAAGUUGUUGAGUACCUAAGUAUAUUUUUUUUUACAAUUUAAGUACCCAUUAAUAAAUAAUAAAUAAUUACAAUUUGAA